UCGUGUCACACGAAUCACGAGGUGCCCCACCGAUCCCGAAUCUCCACGUUUCUUCCCAUCUUCUUCUUCCUCUUCCCCUCCUCCUCGGCUCCGACUCUAUCGCUUUGACUGGUUAGAGUGCGCCCACAUCCGACCCCUCCCUCCCCCUCCCUUCACCUUGUACUCAAUUUGUAGUUUCAAUGGUUUCUUCGGUAGCUUAGAUCUAAUUACAAGCUUAGCUUGGUGUUGGAUGAGUAAUGGUGAUGUGAUCUUUCGCCGAUCAACUUCAAAUCGCCGAUUUAUCACAUCUUAGGGUUUUUGCUGGGUUUUACUUCUCUUGCAACAUCCAAUUAUUUUUGUGUAUAAUUUGCUGUAAUAUUUGGAUAUUUUGAUUACUAGAAAUCGGAUACUGGGAAUAAGGUCGAAACCUGUGAUAAAGGUUGAAUUUUUACUUCGUAUUUACUCUGCGUGUUCGUUAAUUUGUGCAUAAAUAAUUCAUAAAUGGCCACCCUUUUUUUUUUUUUUUUUUAUCACUAGAGUUGCAGAAAACUGGGAAUAAGGCCGAGAGCUGUCAUAAAUUUUCAAUUUUUAGUUCGGAUUUGUUAUGUGUUCGUCGAUUUGGUUGUAAUUUUUUGAAUUGUGAAUGAGAAAUGAGGAGACAUUUUAGUACUCUGUGGGUGUCUCACCAUAUGAAGUUAGUUGGGCAAUUGUAUAUGAGGUUCUUGUCGUACUCCCCGCCCAUAUGGGCCACCGUAAUCGCCGGUGUUUUCAUGGUUAUGACGCUCUCGCUGUCGUUGUUUCUUAUAUUCAAUCACCUCUCGGCAUACAAGAAUCCUGAGGAGCAAAAGUUUCUGAUUGGUGUUAUUCUCAUGGUGCCAUGUUAUGCUCUUGAGUCGUAUGUGUCACUGGUGAAUCCAUCGAUAAGUGUUGAUAUUGAGAUAUUGCGUGAUUGCUAUGAGGCCUUUGCAAUGUACUGUUUUGGGCGAUAUCUAGUUGCUUGCUUAGGUGGGGAAGAGAGAACAGUUGAAUUCUUGGAGAGGGAGGGUGGUUCAAGCUUUGAUACUCGUCUGUUAGAACAUGCUUCUGAGAAGGGCGUUAUCAAGCAUCCUUUUCCAAUGAAUUAUAUUCUAAAACCAUGGAGGCUUGGCGAAUGGUUUUAUUUGGUUAUUAAGUUCGGAAUUGUUCAAUAUAUGAUAAUAAAGACUGUUACUGCUAUUUUAGCUGUGAUUCUUGAAGCUUUUGGGGUGUACCGUGAAGGAGAAUUCAAAUGGAAUUGUGGGUACCCUUACAUGGCCGUGGUACUCAAUUUUAGUCAGUCAUGGGCACUGUACUGUCUAGUUCAGUUCUAUGCUGCCAUAAAGGAUGAACUGGCACAUAUAAAGCCUCUCGCGAAGUUCCUUGUAUUCAAAUCGAUCGUCUUUUUGACUUGGUGGCAAGGUGUGGCAAUUGCACUAUUUUAUAACUGGGGCUUGUUGAAAAGCCCCAUAGCUCAAGGGUUACAAUUUAAGUCGAGUAUUCAGGAUUUCAUCAUCUGUAUAGAGAUGGGUGUUGCUUCUAUUGUUCACCUCUACGUGUUCCCAGCGAAGCCGUAUGAGCUGAUGGGCGACCGCUUUCCGGGGAGUGUUGCGGUUCUUGGAGACUAUGCUUCUGUCGACUGCCCCUUGGACCCCGAUGAGGUUAGGGACAGUGAACGGCCUACGAAGCUCAGACUCCCCCAGCCAGAUGCUCGUACCAAGGGAACGGCCAUACGGGAGAGUGUUCGUGAUGUUGUUCUCGGCGGAGGAGAAUACAUCGUAAAUGACUUGAAGUUCACCGUCACCCACGCGGUGGAGCCGAUGGAGAAGGGGUUCACGCGGAUCAACGAGAAGCUACACAAGAUAUCGCAAAACAUUAAAAAACACGAGAAAGAUGGGAAGCGAACAACCAAGGAUGAUAGCUGCAUUGGUUCAUCAUCACUGACUAGGAAAGUCAUUCGUGGAAUAGACGACCCGCUCUUGAACGGAACCGUCGGAGAUAGCGAGGGAAGGGGAAGAAAGCAUCGAAAGAGAUCGGGAUACGCCAGCGCGGAGAGCGGGGGUGAAGGCAGCGAGCAGAGUCACGGUGGAUAUGCAAUCGCGGGCCGACGGUGGUUUACCAAGGAUUAAGGACCGAGUUUGUAACAAGUAAACGAGGUUCCUCUUCUUCGUUCAAUCCGCAAUUCUACGAGGGCUAGGCUGCAGAAACCCCUGCAAACUCGACAUCUAUCACCUUGCUCAGAAGCGCAACAUUUCAGGGGAGAGGUGUUUCCUGUGUUUUAGCAUUCGGAGAACGACACAGGAUUGCUGAGAAACUGUCAUACAUCAGGGUUUUCAUUCAUAUCGGCCGGCGUACGAGCGAAGGUUUCGUGUCUUUCAUUGCCGAGCCUCUCUCUUCUUGUAGCCUCUCUCUUCUUGUAACCCUGAUGCUGUUACAGACACAAAUUACCUAGAUGUGUAUGCUAGUGUUUAUAAUGAUGAUUCCAAAUUGCUCCUGAAACUGUGAUGCUGAGGAAACUUUAGGGCAAUGUAUGAUGCAUAUCUUCAACUGCAACACCUUCAGUUAGUUUUUGCGCCGAAUUUUCGAGUUCUCAGUUUCUUGUUGUUUCUAUUUA